AUUUAUAGCAUCCCGGUGGUGAAGAGGUGCUUUUGGAACAAGCCGGUAAAGAUGCAUCGGAAUCGUUUGAAGAUGUUGGUCACAGCACCGAUGCCCGUGAAAUGAUGCAACGCUACAAAGUCGGAGAGGUUAUCGAAUCGGAACGAACAGCAGUACAAGAAAAAACACCCCAAUACUGGAACAACGAUCAAUCAACCAAGGACGAAGAAUCGUAGGCACACUUUUAUUUUUAUUUUUUUUUUCAACCAUAUCCAUUGUCCAUAAAAUGCUAAUCACGCUCCCACUUUCUCUUUUCAUUCCAGAGCAUACAAACAGUGGUUGAUCCCGUUGGUGUUGGGCAUUCUAGCAACAAUUAUUUAUCGCUAUCUCUUUUUGUAACACCAUAGCCCAAAAUCAAAUCGAAUGCCUACUAGCUUUUUUCGAAAUGACACAUUGAGUGAAAUAAACUGUGUAGUCUAUAAAAACACAAAUGAAAUUUACGCGAACAAAAUCGUUUUGAAAAUUGAGGGAACGAGAAAUUUGUUAACUUUUAGAAAAAAAAAGAAAGUCUAUUUUGCUAAGCACAUAAUCACUUGUAUGGAUCAAAAUGCACAGAAAAUGAAACGGACACACUCACACACACAUAAUUUUUUAUACGAAUAAUUUGCAUACAAUUUCAAUACUUCUUUUCUUUUUUUAAUCGAAAGAAAAGAAAUUCAAUCCAAUAAGUAUAAAGAAAAAUCCCAGUUGCAUUCCAAAAACAGAAAUUCGUUUUUUCACACACACCGGAACUAUUUGUAUUUAAUGAAAAUGUAAUUCAAAUAAACGUGAGAUGGUAACACAUGUGCGAUGCGAUUUUGAUUUUAAAUUCAAAUUCUUCUUUUCUUCUUCAAAGGCCACUCAAAUGGUCGGAAUAGGUAGACGUGUAAAAAAUAAAGUUUGUAUUUCUUAUGACUCGAAGUAAAAUGAAUUCGAUUCCAUUUUGGUUUGCGGCCAGACGACACAUUUCAACACAGAUUAAAUCGUAAAAAAAUGAUUUUCGUAUGAAUUAUUGACUCAAAUUUAUUGAGUGUUUUACAACAAAUUACCGAUCAUUAGGACAUGAAAAACGGCGUUGACAGUGGCACUCUUCAAAGUGCGUGGAAAGUGAUUUGUAAAACGCGCCAACACAUUCAUAAAUUUUGUGGAUUUUCUUUAAGAGCAUUUUAUUUCGAACCGCAUGAACCUUUAGCACCAUAUCGGCAUUUGGAUUCUUUAAAAGAUAUUUUAGACCCGACGAAUAGCUGACGCAGAAAGUAUCCGAUUACAUGCGUUUGAAUUGCUUGGAGAAAUGUCUUCUUUCUUCUCCUUUUCGGACAUCAUUUCGUAAUAUUUAUGACUUUUUACCGUAUGCACAAUUGCACAUCGCGCGAAUGAUGCACCGAAAUCUUAGAUCUAUUUUACCAAGAAAACCCGAACCCGAACAAUUUCGGCAAUAAAUUAUUGAUUGAGCGCUCACGACACUUUCGACCGAUUUGGAAAAGAAAUUCACUUAUGACACACAUCACCAGCAUUCGGCAUCACACGCUUACUCGGAUGGAAAACAUAUUGUUUUCAUUUGCGGUCAGGGUCGAUUUGUCUUUUAGCAAAUAUUUACGAUCAAUUUAUUAUGCACAAUCGUUUUUCAACGCCUACUACAUGGUUUUUAUUCUUUUUUUCUUCUUCGAAGAAUCGUCCCAAAUAAUUUGUCUGCAUUUUCUAUGUGUAGAACAAGGAAUGCAGAAUUUCAAUUGUAUUAAAUUACCGCACAAAACACGAUUCGAUUGCCGAUUUGUUGAAAUUCGGACAAGUAUUUUUAUGUUCUUCUUCAUAGCACUCAUUUUAAUAUUCAUCCAGAGGUCUUCUCCAGGCUGUAUUUGUUUUUGAUUAUCAAUGACUGUUAUUUUAAUUUCAAAUUCAUUCGCAAUUUUAAAUUACAAUCAGCGAGUACUAGAAUUCGUCCUUUUACGGCAUGUAUCUAGAGUAAGUGCCCGCCCAAUUCAAUGAAUAUCGUUUUUUGCGUGUCUAUCUCUAUCGACGUUCAGUACUCAAUCAUCAUCACGCAGAGAUGAUCUCUUUUUUUUCUUCAAUUUUCUGAUCUUUUUUCGUUCUUUGCAUGAACGCUUAUUUAAAUGUGUACAUUUGGGCAUGAGUAGAAAUAGAAGGCAUAUAUACACUAAGUACCGCCCCCUUCGUAACAAAAACACUGAACUCAAAGCAAAUGAAUGAAAUGUAAGGAUGUUGUUACACCAAAUCACAGCUAUUUACUCAUCCCACAACGAAGCAGCAUUCACAUCUCGCUACACUUGCAUCGGUUUUUCACUCCUCGACACCCUUCAGAUUUGGAAAACUCGAUCAAAAACUAUCGAUCCCUCUUGAGGAACACAAGGAAUUUUUCGAAGUGUCUUCGUGAACUGAUAAAAAUUCGUUUCAAAGUUUUCAAGUGUAUUGACAAAAUAUCACUUUCGAUAAUUUCAUAUAAUUAUCGAGUUAGUUGUGCGAAAAAAAAGUGCCGUUACAGUUCGAUAUUGUUUGAAAAUAGAGAAAAAAAUCAUUUAAAAAAUCAAUUGAACAAAUUAAAUUGAGUAAAAAAAUAUAUUAGGCAAAAUGUCACGCAAACGUACCGCAUCACCAUGUCACAUCGAAGAUUUUGACGAUGAUUUUGAAGAUAGUUGUUCGAAUGGUUCAAAAGGCCAUUCAAAUUCGAUGCCGGUUCAACGGAAUGCAGCCAAUGCACGGGAAAGAGCUCGAAUGCGUGUUUUAUCUAGUGCCUUUUGUCGUCUCAAGACUAAAUUACCUUGGGUCCCGGCAGAUACCAAACUAUCCAAAUUAGAUACAUUGAGAUUGGCCACCAUUUAUAUCCAACAAUUGCGAUCCAGCUUAGCGACCGGCCAAGAUUUGUAUUAUACGAAUGAAAUUUCACGAUUCGAUACAAAUUCAUCGACUGGUGCAAAUCAACCGAGUUUGGUUUGGCCAUUUACGUUCCAACAACAACAGCAACAAUCGCAGCAACAGCCAGGCGGAAUAAAAGCCCAAGAAACAGUUGCAUUAAAUCGUUCAAAGGAAAGUCCGUCUGUAUGGUACGAACGUGAUGCAGCCAUGGCCAAUCAUUACAAUGUAAAUUUUUAUUCAUCCGUCAGCGAUGCAUCCAGCAUUUCAUAUGACCACGACAGAUACGAACAUAAAAGUGGAAUACCAACUAACAACAAUUCUCUGCGCACGGAACAUGGAUAAAAUCAAACGGCAUGGCUAAUGUGUCUAUACCAAAGUUUCUAACCAAUGACACUAAUGUCCAAUUGAAUGAAAAAAGAAAAAGCAAUCAAUUUAAAUGUAAUUUUAAGUUGGAAAUAUUUAGAAUAAAAAUUACCAAAGAAAUAUAUGCAAAGCUCCUUUAACCAAAA